CAUUCAUCCCCUGUGACAAAGUCAUGCCUGAUCUGUGGUAAAGAAAAAAWAACCUGCUCCAGUUUUUCAAACCCUGUGCGCACAUAGAAAGACUCAGUUCCACUUCCUUAUUUUUUCAAGCAUGUAUAUUCCUAACAGCUGAUUGGGCAACACAAGCCAGCCCGACCAGUCGGAAAAUAACUUGUUUUCAUGAACACACACGCACAAACGAUAAAGAACACGGAAGGUGUACUUUCCACAACCACUCCCUCCUGAACUCAUUCUGAUAAGGGAGGUGCUCAGUCUGCAGCAGUGCAGUCUCCACAAGCAGCAGCAGCUGAGUGCCCUCAUGAAGCAGACAGUGAACAUAGUUUCCAGAGAGCAGUGGGGAGCGGCCCCUCCUAAACAAAAGGAGACCCUGAGAGGCCCGGCUCAGAGGGUUGUGAUCCACCACACUGCCUUCCAAAGCUGCAGAGGUCUGGCAGAGUGUAAGGAAGGAGUUCUCCACAUCCAGAGGUUCCACAUGAAUGACAGAGACUUUGAUGACAUUGGUUAUAAUUUUCUUGUUGGUGGAGACGGCCUUGUGUUUGAGGGACGUGGCUGGGGUGUGGUGGGAGCUCAUACCAAAGGUCACAAUCGUGACACCCUGGGCAUUGCCUUCAUGGGAAAUUAUACCAAUGACACGCCAAGCAAAGAUGCACUACAAUCAGUCAAACAGCUGCUGAUCUCUGGAGUUUCCCUAGGCUUUUUACAACCACAGUUUGUCCUGUUUGGACACCGAGAUUUAGGAAACACGAUAUGCCCGGGAGAAAACCUUUACGCUGCACUGCCACAGCUGAGGAGCACAACGUAAAGCUCAAUGAUGAGAGACUUACUUUACAAUCAGCUGCAGCCUUCACCAUGUUUUUACUGAACAAUGUGGGUGUGUGAUGAAGAAACUCCUAAAUUAAACACUAACAAUCAAGGGUGCAACGAUACAGAAAAUUCACGAUUCGGUUCGAUUCGAUACUUAAGUCUCACGGUUCGAUAUUUUUC